CGGCGCCGCAACAACACGGGGCCGAGGGAGGUUUCACAAGCGCCCGAGAACAUCACUGAGUUCUGCUAAGAGGAAGGCUCGGUCGAGGGCUUAAAAAUUGUCUUGGUAAGCCAGUAUCCACGUAGGAACUACAAGAACCGUCCAUGAUCAUCCACAGUUAGGUAAUUAAGAAAAUGGAAGGGUCAGCUGCAGUGACUCAGAUGGGGUCAGAGGAUGCAGAAGGUAAAGGUUUCUCCGCCCAUUCAAUAUUUAGCACAUAUCGGCCGCCUCUCUUCAGAAGGCCACCAAAGAAGCUGAGUCUCUUACAGCUACAGAGAAAGAGAGAAAUCCAGGAUGUAACCUGGCAGAGUUUUACAAGACAAAACCAAAUGACAAAGUCUUUGGUAUAUCGACUAGGUAUUACAAAGCAAUUAGAAGGCCAUAGAGGCUGUGUUAACUGCAUUGAAUUUAAUACAGAAGGAAGCUUACUGCUGUCGGGGUCAGAUGACUAUGAUGUCAUUCUUUGGGAUGUGUACAGUCAAAAACGCAUAAAGACAUUACCAACUGGUCAUAGAGGCAACAUAUUUUCUGUAAAGUUCCUACCUCAGACUGGAGACAGAGUAGUCAUAUCAGGUGCGGGAGAUGGCCGUAUAGAAGUAAGGGAAGUGGAGACAGGAGAUGUUACGCAACUUUGUACCUGCCACUGUGAAAGAGUCAAGAGGAUUGCUACUGUACCUACACUUCCAAAUGCAUUUUUCUCAGCUUCUGAAGAUGGCACUGUUAUGUUAUAUGACAUGCGGUCGCCACAUACUUGUGGUUCUUCUCAAACAAACAAUGUUCUAAUCAACUUGAGGCGCCAUGCAGGAAGAACAGCUGAAUGCAAGUGCAUUACUGUUAAUCCUUCCCGACCAGAGCUGCUUGCUGUAGGGGCCAGUGACCCAUAUGUUAGAAUAUAUGAUAGAAGAAUGAUUAAACUAACCAAUUUACAGAACCCUCCAGGUGGAAUGUCAAGGAGUCAAUGGGAGAGAAGUAACUAUGCGACCAGUCAGCUCGACUCUUCUGCAGACAAUCUUCCCCCCGGCUGUGUACAAUAUCUAGUUCCAGGUCACCUUCCUGAUAAGCUGAAGGAAUACUAUAGACGUUACCGGUCGUUGGCAACUACCUACUUGACAUAUAGUAGUGAUGGCACUCACCUGUUAGCUAAUUUAGGUGGUGAACAUAUAUACCUCUUCAACACAGCAAAUCCUCGUCAACCUAGGCAAUAUUCAAUAUCAAAUGUUGUAAAACAUUCUAAAGAAUCUGAUGGCCCAUCAAAUGGAGUAUGCAAGUCAAUUGCUUCUAAUACAAAUGGUAUAUCCUGUCAUCUUACCGGAGGAGGGGAACGAAUAGGGUAUCAUGCACAAGCCCAGCCUUUACCUCCACAAGCAGAAAUACUUAAAGCUAGAGCUAACCAGGCCUUUGCUGCAGAGAAAUACAUCACUGCACUGCACCUGUACAACCAAGCUGCACAGAUAUGCCCAAACUCUGCUGUUCUGUAUAGUAAUAGAGCUGCUGCUUUGAUGAAGCGAAAGUGGGAAGGUGAUAUAUAUGCUGCACUGAAAGACUGUUUCACGGCAUUGGAGAUUGAUCCUCACCAUGUAAAGGCGCACUUUAGAUUGGCGCGAUGUUUGCAUCAACUUGGCCGUGAGCAAGAAGCACAACUUUGCCUGGAGGAGUUUAGAAGACAACAUCCAGAUCACAGUUCAUCACCUGCCUGCUCUGCACUAGCUCAUGAUAUUACCAGCUCCAUUUUACAAUUGCAGAAUGGAAUUUCUUCAGAUAAUAGCAGUGAGGGAGAUAUGGAUGAAGAAGGACUCCUGGGUGUAUUGCCAACACCUAGUACGCAGGAACAGGAAUGGCGGGUAAGAGCCACAGACUAUCAUAAGUCGUACUGUGGCCACUGCAACACCACCACUGAUAUUAAAGAAGCUGCUUUUCUUGGAAAGGAUGGUGAAUUCAUAGCAGCAGGGUCAGAUGAUGGAAAUUUGUUUAUUUGGGAUCGUGAAACCACCAACCUCAUUCGUGUUAUUCCGGGAGAUGAAUCCAUUGUUAAUUGUGUCCAGCCCCAUCCGCACACCUGUUUAUUAGCCACAAGUGGAAUUGAGUCGGUUGUGAAACUUUGGGCUCCUCUUCCACAGGUGGAUAAUGAAGAUCUUCAAAGUAUGGACUUUGAGAAAAUGGAAAAAACAGCCCAAGCCAACCAGCAACGCAUGAGUGCUGAUCCCUUGGAGAUGAUGCUGAUGCAUAUGGGCAACAUGGCCCAUGUGUUUGGAGGAGGCGGUGGGGGUGAGGGGAGAGGUGGAGGAGGAGGAGGGCCAGGUGGCGAUAAUCCCUCGCGGGACCCUUCUCCUGGGGGCCAGAAUGAUCGCAACUUGGCAGACGUCCAAUGUCGUACUAGCUGAGCCCAGCCAGAUAAGUGUUCACACUUGCCUGGCAACCUUAUUGAAAUGAGACUGUGAUGGAUGCUCCUUGUCGUUGGUCUGAAUUCUGAAAAAACCCUGAAUGGAAAUUCUUAGGAUUGUGGUCCCUGCUUUGUCAGUCAUUUUACUUUGUUAUACAGGUGUAGUACCAAAGAAGUCUUUCUCAAAUAGGUAUUUCAGAUUCUAGGCCUUUGUUGCAGGAGUCUCUUUAGCUUAGAACUAAUCAAGUGACUUGUGUGGUGGAGGAUAUGAGUAUCACAUGUACUUCAACUACAACUAAGAUCUUUCAUCUUAUUGAUAGACUAGAAAUCAGAUUCUCUUGUUUUAUGCAGUCAGAGAUUUGAAAAACUUCUCUUUUGAUUGUAAGUGGAUUGUUCAAGAACUUUCAGUUAUUUUUUAUUUAUUAUUGUUUUUUUUUUUUAUGAUUUCUGGAUUAUAUAAAGUUGUAUGUUUGGCUGUUCAGCCUUCAGUUAAACAGAAUGUAGAUAAUAGGUUCAUUCAUUCUCAAAACCAGUAUAAGCAGUCUUUACUGGAACUUAUAGUGUCAAAUUAGUAUCUGUGUAUUCUGCAGUGUAAGUAUAAAUGGUUAUUUUGUUAUUUAUUAAGUUACAAGUAGUUUAAACUGAAAAUGCAAGACAAGUUAAACUACGUUUUCAAAUCUUGUGAGCUCAUUCAACCUCUUCCCCUGCCAGGCUUAUAAACGGCUUACAUUUGAGGCUGUUUGAUAUGCUAAAUAUUUAUACUGGUGCUCUGAUGUGCAGUUUAAUUCAUGUACAUAAUCAUUUGUGUGAAAGUUAUAUUUUGUAAAACAACUUUGAUAUAUCUAUAUAUAUAUAAAUAUAUAAAUAUAUAAAAUCUUCGAACAGGGUACAUCAGCAGUUACUAUCAAAUGAGUCAGUACAUGCUAAUGUACUUGUAUAUACAUGUAUAUGUUUAAUGACUGAUUAUGUUCCAAAGAAUUUGGGCAAAACAUUGUAUUAGGUAACAUUAUAUAAUACUUUUGUUCUGCCUUAUUAUUAUGAUUUUCUUUGCUUAAGCCAUACAUUUUAUAUUUGCAUCCUGCAUUUUCUAUACAGAUAUUCCAUUUUUUGUUGUUGAUUAUAAGAUUCAUCCAGAAAAGAUAAUGCUUUUGAAAGCGAUAAAAAAAUAUUCCAUUUCUAGGCAUUGUAAAUAUUGUGUGCUUUAUCUGUUGUUCCUUCUGUAUGUAGCUGAAAUGAACUUGUCUGAGUAUGACAUGGUUUCUCUCAUUCUUUAUUUUCUACCUAUAUUUGAUAUGUUUAUUUUUGUUAUGUGAAAUGCUGUAAAUAAUUUUGAAGUUAUGUCCUACUGUAUAUGAGAUAUAGUGGCUUAUCCUCUUCACAAUUUGCCCAAUUUAUUCUAAGAAGGCAUGUUCAUUAGGGGACAUUCUAUGAAAAUAUUUGUAUUCUCAGAAAAAGAAAGAGAAACUUGUGUAUUUAGUAAGUAAAUAUAUAAAACCUUCAGUCUUUCUGGAAAGAUUUCCUUAGUGGUCAAAAAAUAUAAUUAUUUGUCACUAUUAAUGUGAUUCCUUGGUAUGUUUCUGUGUUUGCUUACAGUACAUGCAUAGCUAUUUUUUACUUUUCCUGUGUUUACCUUAUUACAAGAUUUUGUUGAUAUUAAUAUAUUUUCACUUACUCCCUGCUGUGGUAACGUGGUCUUGUUAACUUACUCCUUUUAUAGAAUUACCCAGUUGAUAAAGGAACUGAGAAAAAGAGAAAAAAUGUGCAGUCAUAGCAUUCAUUAACACUAGUUAUACCCACUAAAUGGUCUCAUGCUGCCUACCUUCCUCAUAUGCUCUUGUAUAAUCAGUGAACGUUUGAUUAAGAAACUUUGUGUAUCAUGGAGGAAAAUUAUCAAGUUUUUGCUUUUAACCCUUUGUUUGUGGGUGGCAUCUACUAUGAUGCCAUGGUGCCAUAGUGCCGAUGCCACUGGUGGCAUCCCUACUGCUGCAGCCCAUACGGAUGUAACUGUUUGGCAGACAGCACGUCCCCGAAAAAGCCAACACACAUUGGGUUAAACAGUUACGUUCAACAUUUUUCUUUUGAUUUUUCAGAUGUAAUUUUGGCCCUUUCAGGCAUACUCCCACCUUUGAUUUUAAGUGAAGUGGGGUACAGAUAAUGACAGUUUUCUCAAUAUAUAAGAUAUAUUUAUUCUUGAUAUUUACAUUUCAAGGACCCAUGAUAAUGUUAAGAGAAUACAUACUACUAUGAAUUUGUCAUUAUAAGAGCAUGUAUUUAUUCUCGUGUGUCAGCAUGAUAGACUAGGCCCAUACAUAAAGUAUUGUUCAUGGAAUACUCUCCAUAAUGAAAAUGUGAUGUAUAAUUGGUACUAAAUACCUACUGUAUACAUGUAAUAUUUCAUGAUAGUCAAAAAAAAAAUACAGGAAUGUGAAUAUUAAUUAGACUCAAGCCAUAACUUUAUUCAGUAUUGAUAUUGCUAUUAUCAUUAAUAUUCCUCCAGUUUAGAAUUCAAAGGUAUUAUGUAUUAAACAUUAAAAUGCUAAAAAAUUGG